UACAGGUAAUGCAUUGUGCAUGUUCAUAAACGUACAAUAAACUGGCAUUUUUUAUUUAUUUUACAAAGACUUGUUCAAUCAAUAUCAAAUGAAAACUAGUUGAAAGUGAAUUCAACUGAAGGGAGAGAUAUCAGAAUAAUUCUUUUUGUGAAGAAUGUCUGGAAUUCCAGAGCAUUAUAAAGUGUUACAAACACAGCUGUGUCAGAUUCCUGACUUUGACAACAAACUGAGCGAGGUUCUUGACGAAAUUGGAGUAAACGAUGAAAUGGUUCAGAGAAGAAGGCGAAACGAACUACUUUCUGAAACUUUGGGGACUAUAGUGACCAAAUUAAGGGGCUAUGAUCGGCCGGAGUAUCACUUUGGCAGUCGUUCAGAAGGUACGACCACCGUUGGACUACAGUCUGAUAUAGAUCGUCUCUACUGCGUUAAAGACAUAAAUGUGGUACAGAAUAGAAAGGAGCUCCAACCCGAAGAUAGUUCUAACACAAUGAACCUUCUUAUGGUACAAGAUGACAGCAUUGCUCCUGGAUACUGCCAUCUAGAAGUACUUAAUGAGAAACUGCAGUAUUCAUCUGAAGAUGUAACUCUUAAAAAUGAUCAUUAUAUCAGGGUUAGAGACGGACGAAUAUUCUACAAGAACACAGUUAUGCAAGAUUUUAUACCAGGACAUGGGGAACGCCAUGGUCCAUCCUGGGCAGGAACUAGUCAAACUGGUUUUACCGAUCAAGAUACAGUGGCCGCUUUUCAUUGUAAAACGUGGCCAUACCAAGCCAGAGACUGGUUAAAUCAGUCAAGUUUAGGAGGAUGGCCAACAGAUGAAAUGAAAAGAAAGUGUAUGAAUGCUGGCUGUUUUGUUGUUCCAACUGGCAGCAGCCCUGAUAUUGAAAUGGAAUGGAGAAUUUCAACCUCUAUUGCCGAACGACAACUCGUGUUCAGCUUGAAUAUCACACAGCUGAGGUGUUACAUCCUUAUGAAAAUGCUGAUAAAAACUUUUAUGAAGGAAACACAGAAAAACAAAAUUUCCAGCUUUAUGUGCAAAAGUGUCCUGCUGUACUGCAUAGAGUCUUCACUUCCCGACGAAUGGCAAAAAAGCAAUUUGUCUCAAUGUCUGAUAAAAUGCUUGGAGAGGUUAAAGGCAUGUAUACGGGAAGAAAGAUGCCCACACUUUAUCAUACCAAAAAACAAUCUGAUGGCAGGCAAAUUUUCAGCAGAAGUCAAAAAGAAUUUACUUGAAAUGAUGCAAUAUAUUACUGGUUACACCCGGCUUGUAUUAGCAAAGGCGAUAAAGAUUGACGAUUUAAGUCAAAGAUUCUCGAAAAAACUUGGACUACCAAUCAAAGGAGAAGUAGAUGACACCCCACUUGAAAUAUGCUGCCACAUCAAAGCACAAUUCCUCAUCGAUACUGCUGUGACUAUCAGAUCCCAUCAACUAACAUACCUCAAACAUAUGUGCAUGCAUCACAAAAGUUAUAAGGACAAAGAGAAUUUCCUACAAACGUCUCUACAAAAUCUUGACCAUCAAACAAGCCGUGGUGAUGAAUUUCAGCAAGAAGUACACAAUAUUUUUGCACCUUUCGUCUCCUCAUUUUAUGGAUCAAUACUAGCAUCUCGGUUUGGUAUCUGCUCCGACAACACCCGGUCCAAUGAGGCAUUAGCCUUGCUCAACGAAGGCUCGGAUUCGGAUGUUUCAUCUGGAAGACUGAAACUGGCCUCCACAUUUUACUGUUCUGGAGAUAUGGAAAGGACAGAGUCAAUUCUUCAAAUCACAGAGGCUAAAUACGAUCUGCGAACAGUUGAACCAAUAUGCAGAUGCACACAUAUAAUGGUACGAAGUGAAACAAUCAAUAUGUUGAAAUUUCAGGAGGUGAAAAAUGAGGUUGUAAAGAACAAUGUAGCAUUUUGUGUAGUAUUUCUACCAUGCGAAAUGAAGUGUGUGCCGAAAGAAUUGCAGUAUGAGAUGUUCCGAUCCACUGGACAAGAAACGGCUGGGGAUGGGGAAGUAUCUUGGAUGGACUGGGCUGUUGUAGAUUCGCUCCCUUACCUCUAUUUUCUGCAGUACAAGAUAUACAAACAACUACACAGGGGAGAUGCCCAGCAGACGGCACUGCUUCAUUUAGUGAAUACAGCUGAAACAACACCGAAUCUAGGUCACCGAGAAACUGCACUGAACCUUAUUGGUCAGUGUAUGGAAGAGGAGAACAGACCUAUUGAUGCCUUGCAAUAUUUUGCAAAGUCACUCAACUUGCGCCGAAAAAACAAUGCAGCCAAAAUCCAUAUUUGCAGAUGCCUGGCAAAUAUAAUUCAGAACAAUGUGACAACGACCACAACACUUUAUGAAAGAGAACCAGCUUAUAAUUAAAAUCCUUUACUACUGCUUCACAAAUAUAACAGAUUAUUACAGAGUAUUACUACAGUCAAUAUUAACUGGUUUGGAGGACAUGCUGAAGAAAUAUAAUGAAGUCUGAAACCUUGUACGCUUGUAUGAAUAAUUAUUUGCAUUCAUUGACAUUUUUCAUCACUCUGAAUGAAAUUUUAAGCAAAUACAUGUACAUGUUCACAUACUGCUCCUGGAAUUAGAACCUCCUAUUUUAAAUGAAGACCUUAAUUCUGAUGUUCAUCCACUGACGUCAAAGAAAAUCAUUACCAGUUCAUCAUUGAGUGCGUGCGAUGAUUCUUCAAUGAACAAAUGAUUAUAACUUCAGUUCAUCACUGAGCGGGUGCAUUGUGUCUCCAAUGACCUGAUAAUUACAACUUCAGUUCCUCAUUUAAUGUGUGAGGUGUGUCUCAAAUGACCUGAUGAUUAUGCUUUCAGUUCAUAACAGAAAAUAAUGCAAAGAUAGUAACGGUUAGCAAGAAAAAUGAUCUUACAUGUCUGACUAAGAUUAACAUUUCUCUUACCCUUAAAGAACAUAAUUUCAAAUUGUUUCUUAAAAACGUAAUGUAUCAGAUGCAACCUGAUAAUUUUAGUUACAGUUUGAUAAUACAUAUACAAACCACCUUUA